GUUGGUUUGACCGGUCCGGCCGUGAAUACUCCAAAUGUUAUCGUAAACGUGGAGCAGUCGGGUCGAAACGACUAUUGGGGAAUGAUGCUGACCUACUCGAUCAGUGAAAUAAUGCAAGCUCGCUUGCACGAUCUCGAAACGAUGCUCCGUCGCGUCAUGCAAAUGGAACGCGAAACAGGUGAGCAGGCUUCAAUCCUGUAUUUCAUGGACUUGACGGGACUAAAGUACGACAAGCGACUGGUCAACCUGCUCACUGGCGCCCUAUCUGGUAUUUCCGCAUUCAUGAGUGAGCAUUACGUGGAAAUGAUACACACAUUCGUGCUUCUCAACGCACCUUCCUUCAUCGCUGCGGUUUGGGCAAUAGCUAGGCCUUUACUACCAGAACGGACACGAAACAAGGUCCGCAUACUUGGCUCAAACUGGAAAACCGAGGUACUCGAAAUGGCCGUCCCGGAAGUACUACCUUCAUUUUGGAAUGACGAUAAAACUCAGGCAUUCAAAGCUCCACUGGAGCUCGCUGAGCCACUGGACCCAGCAGGAUAUUACAAAGAAAAACCGAAUGAAAGCGCAAAAACACUGUCAAUUGGACCCGGCAAAACGGGAACCAUUGAUUUAAAAGGUUCGGUGAUACGGUGGUGCAUUCACACUGACGGCCAUUUCGGAUACACGGUUUAUUACGCAGAAAAUGAGUCAAUUCAGGAAAUAAACUCAAUGCUCAACAUUUAUCCUAUUUUCACGAAGAUUCCCGGACCUACAAUUGUACCACUGAAGGACGAGCUCCAAUGCCAAGAGAGUGGCGUCUAUAAAUUCUGGUUCAGUAACGAGCACGCCUGGCUUCACACUCUCAACAUUCGUUAUCUGAUCGAUGUCGAUGCACAACCAUGAUU